AGACACGCGGGCGGCUGCUGCCGGCGGAGAGGGGGCGGAGGCAGGGGCAGUAGGAGCCUCACGCUCUCGGCGGCUCCCGAGACGCUGGUGCAGACGGGACGUUCUGCUGCUACUUUGUAUCCGUUUGCGGCGGUGAAUGUUCCAUUCCCCGAACCCUGCGACAGGUUUUGCCCCCCGCCUCCUUCCCAGAGCGAGACAGCCAAGGGCACGCGGGCCUUGCCGCAGCCCAGCCUGCCAGCGCCUCGGAGGCGUGGCGGGAGCGAGGAGAGCCGGCUGCCUUCGCCCGGCGACCUGCCACGGAGCUGCUGGAGCAUCAGAAGUACUUGCAUCUGUGUGGGUCCUUUUAUCAUGACCUGUGAUCACAUGGCAAUUCAAAGAACACUUCUCCAAGAGACCCAGAAGGCAGGAGCACUGCCUUUGUGAUGUGAUUGGAUCACUCCCAGACGACCAGAACUCUCUUUUAAAAUAUUUCGGGUGGAUAAGAUGUGCCAUGGAAUGGUAGCACCAAAGAGCAACACAGCUUCACCACUUGCCUUGACUGGUCAUGGAUUAUUUCUUCCGUUAAUUAUCUUCAGUUCUUUCAUCUUGGAGGGACUGACCUCAGUUUGCCCCCAUCCGCCGGAGCCUGAGAAUGGAGGCUACAAAUGCCAUCCAACUCCUUGCAGUGACCCUCUGACAUCUGACAGCGUCAUAGAGUAUGUAUGUGAUGAAGGCUACAUGCUAAAGGGAGAUUACAAAUACUUGACGUGCAAAAAUGGAGAAUGGAAUCCAGCCAUGGAAAUUAGCUGUAGGCUAAGCCAAGUUUGCCCCCGUCCGCCGGAGCCUGAGAAUGGAGGCUACAAAUGCCAUCCAACUCCUUGCAGUGACCCUCUGACAUCUGACAGCGUCAUAGAGUAUGUAUGUGAUGAAGGCUACAUGCUAAAGGGAGAUUACAAAUACUUGACGUGCAAAAAUGGAGAAUGGAAUCCAGCCAUGGAAAUUAGCUGUAGGCUAAGCCAAGAUAAAGAUUCGCCCCCGACAAUCGGGGUGCCCACCCUCUCCAUAGUGGCCUCCACAGCAAGUUCAGUAGCUCUGAUCCUUCUCUUAGUUGUACUGUUUGUUUUGCUGCAGCCAAAGCUGAAGUCUUUUCAUCACAGCAGACGUGAUCAAGGUGUAUCUGGGGAUCAGGUCUCCAUGAUGGUGGAUGGUGUCCAGGUGGCCUUGCCGUCCUAUGAAGAAGCAGUCUAUGGCAGUGCAGGGAACUGCAUCCCACCCUCGGAUUCACGGGUACAGAUUGUGCUGUCAGAGGGAGCUGGGCAGAGUGGAACAAGUGAGAUGCAGCAGCAGGACCAAGGGGCUCGGGACUGCUUUGUUGGAGAGGACGAGGCCCCAGGACGCUCUGGACUGUGUGAAGCCAGUGGCUCUCAACUCUCUGAAACUGUUCUUGUACACCAGGCCACCACCUCUUCCUGGGUAGCUGGCAUGGCAAGCAGUAGACCUGUGCACAAAGAUGCUCAAGACUCAGAAAGCAGUGACAUACAAAGCCUUUUAUCACUUACUUCCUCGGAGGAAUACACAGACGAUAUUCCGUUGUUGAAGGAAGCAUGAAGCCUGCUGCACUUGUUUAGCCUUCUCCCUCUCGGUUUCCCCUCUUCUUCCUUGGGAUGCAAGCAUUUUGUGCAGCCUUCCCCACCUUCAUGAGCUGGGCCCUGGAUACUUCCAAGCAGAGACCCUUCAGCUGAAGAUCCAGAGGAUUUUGCCAGGUUGUCUCCUCGAUGUGCCAUUCGGGUUGGUGCGGUGUCGGCCUUCCCAUUCCAUCUGCAUUAGGGGCUUGAGUAAUGUAAUGGAUUUGAGCUCCUCCCUCUUCUUCCCUCCCCGUGCCAGAUGUUUGACUGCAGCCUCUGGAGAGCUGCUAUUUACUUGUGCCUUUCUCCUUCUCACACCGGCUUGUCGCAGCUUCUCACAGGCCUCGCUCGCUCUUCAGCAGCCCAGAGAGCAGGGACCAAGAACUGCUUGCUCGUUGGGUGCAGACAUAGUUUAUAUAAAGACCUUUCUUCCAGUAUCCUCUUGAUGACUAGGGCAGGACAGAACUCUCCAAGAGGGCUAAAUCUGGGCUUGGGAGAAGUCCCAAUAUGGGUAAUUUACACUAUCCAGCAGUGCUCAUAAUUUUUAAAAAUAAAGUGGUAUGUUCUGUAACUUAGAUGCAUAUUAACAAUUAGGCAUCACUGACUAUUGUAAAGGCAGAGAAGUCUGACAUCUUUUACAAGAUUUUUUUCUUCCUCCUUUUCAUGUCUUCUUUGUUAUCCCCAUAUUUUCCCCACAAAAUACCAAAUACACCGUUGAUGUCGCAGAGUAACAGUCUCUCUGCAAGAUUCCAUUCCAAAAAAUUCCGCCGUCUCGUUCUUUCAUCGACCUCACAAUCCACUUGGUUUUUGUAUCCUGAAGUCUAGGGCUGUGUCUACUCUGGAAAUGUCACCAGUUCCUUCCAGUGCUGCUCUAGCACAGGGGCAGUGGCUGGUGCUAAACUCGAGGAGAAUUUCUACAAAAGGCUAGUUGUAGACAAAACCUAGAAGCAAAAAAACGUACAGUACAACCCUGAUUAUCUGAUCUCCAGUUAACCAAGCCUGUGUUUAACUGCAGGUUAGUCCUGUUCUGCUGAUAUGCUGUGCCAUAAUCAUGGUCCACUUUAUCCAAAGGCCUGUUCUUUUGCAGGUGUCGGGUUUCUGACACUUUUUUAAAAUAUCAGUUUUCCUGCAUAACUGCUUGGGUUUGCCUGCCACCAACAACUUUUAACUUGACAUGACAGUAAACAUGGAAGAGUCAUUUAGAAACAUUGUCCCUUACUCCCUCAAUUUUCCAGGAAACGUAAGGGCUUUUUAAUGUGUUCUCUGGAUUCAUUGGCCCUUUUUUAUGUUUACAGUUUUGUCCGCAGAAAUAUUAACAUUGUCAGCUAAUGCUGGGGUUUGUGGUUAACAUCCCCGAUUACCUGGCAGGAGAUACCAUAAUGCAGGGUACUCAAAUACAGCAUUACACUUUCUAAAUAGUUACAGCAUGUCUUCAUAACCUUAAAUGGAAAGGGUUGUACUGCUGUUUUAUCCUAAUGGGACCUCUUUGUGCAUUUGGAGCUGCUCCCACAUGUGGGCAUCUUCUUCACAGGGAGGGGGAACAGUAUGUUAGCCAAAACCCCUUCUGAAGAGUGGAGUUGACACAGUUUGGUUGCAUGGCCAUUAUGGAGACAACAGAGCAGUUUUUAAACAGUUACCUGGAGCAGGACCCUCCCCAGUCCAGAGUAUGAGUUUUAAUGACUCUCUUAACAGAACUGUCAGGUUGUCAACCAACAGUUGCCCCAAAAGGAAGCUGGUAAAUUUUGUAUUUGAAAUGGAGGGAACAAUGAGAUGUGGCUUUACUCAGCAAGUUGUGACUUCUGGGUGAAUACCUCAGCCCCCCCUUCCUCUCCCCUUUAUAAUUGUACUCCCUACCCAGAGCAGUGAUUAUAUCAGAAUACUUAGUGUUAUAUAACAUUUUAAAAUGGAUUAUUGCUGCAGUAACUGAGGUUAGGCUCCAGCUGCAGUGGGCAGGGAUUGGCUGCAGUUAAUGCAUUUGCCUGUUAAUUCCCAGGACAGCUGUAACAGUGGGUGUGUAUAUGGAGAACAGCUCUAUUUUCCCCCAUCCUGUGUAUCUCGUAAAUUAAGUUGCAAGAAUU